ACCUCCGUGGGCAGAUCGUCAGACGACGCUUUGAUCGCGGGUUUCCUCCGGGUUUCAAUCUGACAUCCUGUUUGGCGUCCGACGCUCCGACCAGCAGCGUUUCACGGUGACGCGGACCUCCGCUGUCCCGCUCGUUUUGCGCCACAGGUUUGAUGCAACGCACCCUUUGCACGUCACGUUUUCUGGAGCGCCCGGGAUUCUGCGGGGCCCGUUUCCUUGGAGCACAUGGAUCCGCUGGAUUUCCUGGAUCACGAGGAGCUGCUGCAGUUCUUCCACUGCAAGAAGACGACGAUGUCGUGCAUGGAGAACCCGCGCAUCUUCCUGAGCCAGCUCAAGGACCACCGCCUGAUCCCGGACGACAGGUUCAAGAAGGUGAGUCGCAUGAAGAGUAAGGAAAACCUGAAGCGAGGCGUGUAUGAGACGCUGGACUGGCUGGAAAGAGAGCGCCCGGAGCACAUCCACCGGUUCUGGAGCUGCGUCUUCCAGGACACCAUCAUAAACGAGUACCCGAUCCUGCGUGAGCUGCGCAACAGCCUCAUGGACGGCUCUUUCCAUUUUUGCACAAAAUUGCCUGAGGUGGUGGAAAGUGAACAGACAAAUGAGAACAACGGGAAGGAGCUUUCAAACGAGGAAGACGAGGAAGAGACGCAUCUGAGCUCCAGGACGAAGAAGAGGAAAGCGAGCGGUAAGGAGGCUGAUGAGGGCGGUAACCACGGCGAUGAGCAGCCUGGCCCGUCGUUGAAGCUGAAGCCAGGUCAAAGGAAGCGGUCAAAGAGAAUAUGUUUCUCUUCUCCCCUGAAGAAGGGAGAGAAGGGAGACAUCUGGAACUGGCCCAUGUUUAAGCUACAGCUGCCUGUGACCUGUGGAGACCUAGAGGCUGCCCUGAACAGAACCCGACUGGCUGAAGGGGAGAAAUGCAUCCUGUUCCAGAAACAGUGGUUCACUCCGGCCGAGUUUGAGACGCGUGCAGGGAAGCGGAGCUCGGGGAACUGGAGGCUGAGCAUCCGAUGUAGUGGCGUUCCGCUGGGAAACCUCAUCCAGGAAGGUCACCUGAGAGCAGGAGAACAGGCAGGAGGCUCCAAGGUCAAGAAAUCCUUGUUUCCAUCAGAAGUAUUCACAGUGUGUGAAGAUGAGGAUGACGAGGGUAACGUUCAGGAAGAUCAGGCUUCAUCACGUGAAGGAAGUACCCCAGAUGGCAGAGAAGAAGAGGCUGAGGGGCAGAAAGACGCUGGCGGCAGCAGGAAGGUGUUCAAGGUCACGUGCGAUGGAGUAACUGGGACUUUGCACAAAAGCCGAUUUGCUUCAGGAACAUGUGGGAAGAGCAUCCGCACUGAGAUGAGCUGGAUGAGCCCAGUGGAGUUCGUAGAGGAGGCAUCGAAUCAGACAAAGCCGGACUGGGAGAGAGACAUCGAGUGCGAAGGGAGACCACUCUGCGCCCUCAUAGACGAGAACACCUUGGAGGUCCACCCCCUGCUGUGUGGCUGUAGACUGUGCCAAGCAGAUGAGAGCGAGCUGGAGAAUCAGAAGAACGACGAUGAGUGUUUCGCGUGUAAAGGUGCUGACGACCGGAAGCUGGUGGAGUGUGACGCCUGCCCUCGCUCCUUCCACCAGCGCUGCCACCUGCCACAUGUAGAAGACAGCAUCCUGAGGGACGACAAAUGGAUAUGCACCUUCUGUGUGUUUAAAAACAUGCAAGAGUGUCGUUACAGCGACGAGCUGGAGAUGGAAGCGGCCACGUCCCAACAAAUAUCCCAACGCAUGCUGGAAUGUCAGUAUCUCCUCCUGCUUCUGCUCGGCGCCGACGAGGAGCAGUUCUUUGCUGAGGACCCAAGGCCCUAUCUGAAGAAGUACUCUGCCCAUAUCCGAACUCCCAUGUGGUUUGUAAAAGUGGCGGACAAAUUGCAGAACGGAAAAUACCAAACGGUGGAAGAGUUUGUGUCGGACGUCCAGCUCAUCUUCAGCAACUGUUUCAAGUACAACCGAGGUAACACAGAGAUCCUUGAACUGGGCCGUCAACUCCAGCAGCUGUUUGAUGAAGAAUUCAAGAAAGUGUUCAGCAUCAGUGAAUGGACAGCUGACUCAUAAACCCUUCAGUAUUUGUGAGGAAAUGGUUUAAUUGAUGACAGAAAUUGGUGAUGGGAAUUCAGGGAAGCUUUUAUUGCACUAAUUAUCAAAUUAUGCAACUUAACUGUGUUACGUGUUUACCAGUUAAAGUAUAAACAAAAUAGAAGAAGUGAUUGUAUUUGAAUAAGUGGGAGACAGUAGAACCAGUUUAUGUUUAAAUUGUUUAUUUCAUUUCAUUUUUAGAAAUAACUCUUAAAAUCAAAGCUCAGUGUUUUUAAAGUAGAAGUGGAACUGAUAGUAUUUCACUAUUUAAAGUAUUAGCUUCUCCACAUUUCUAACGACUCAUUUUGUGUUUAAUGAUUCCACUGUUUUCCUGCAUUAACACUUGUAACAGUGUUGGAAACCUUCAGGUCAGUUGUAGAGAAGCCAGAGAUAUUUUUUACGGUGUAUAAAUAGCCAUUACUGAACAUUUGACUAGAAUUUCAAGUGUAGCAUUAAAGUCGCAUAUUUAAUUUGUUAAUGCCUUUAACAGUUGGUUUCACCAAAUUCUGUCUAGUGUCAGUAACCCUCGUUUGUGAAAAAAAGUUUCUGCCGAGUAUGAAUAAAUCAAACACUGAUAUGUUUA